AUGUUGAUGAAGGAGUACCGCAUCUGCAUGCCUCUCACAGUGGAGGAGUACCGAAUUGGCCAGCUGUAUAUGAUCAGUAAACACAGUCAUGAACAGAGUGAACGCGGGGAGGGAGUGGAGGUGGUCCAGAAUGAGCCAUAUGAGGACCCCGAGCAUGGACCAGGCCAGUUCACCGAGAAACGAAUCUACCUCAACAACAAGCUGCCCAGUUGGGCCAGAGCAGUGGUCCCUAAAAUUUUCUACGUCACAGAGAAGGCUUGGAACUAUUACCCAUACACUAUAACAGAGUACACGUGCUCCUUCCUGCCUAAGUUUUCCAUCCACAUAGAGACCAAAUACGAGGACAACAAAGGGAGCAAUGAUAAUAUUUUUGGCAGCGAGCCCAGAGACGAGGAAACAGAGGUGUGCUUCGUGGACAUUGCCUAUGAUGAGAUCCCCGAGCGCCACUACAAGGAGUCAGAGGACCUGCGCUAUUUUAAGUCAAAGAAGACUAACCGAGGCCUCCUGCAGGAAGGAUGGAUCAACUCACAGGACCCCAUCAUGUGCUCCUACAAAUUGGUCACAGUCAAGUUUGAGGUCUGGGGCCUACAAACACGUGUGGAGCAGUUUGUACACAAGGUGAUUCGAGAUGUCCUGCUGUUAGGACACAGGCAGGCCAUUGCCUGGGUGGAUGAGUGGAUCGACAUGACCAUGGAGGAAGUAAGAGAGUAUGAGCGUGCCACACAAGAAGCCACCAACCUGAAGAUUGGCUCCUUCCCCCCUGCCAUCUCCAUCUCUGAGACCCCCCUGCCAUCCAGCACCCGCAGCGGCCCUAACAGCGCCCCAUCCACUCCCCUCUCCACCGAAGCCCCCGAGUUCCUGUCAGUGCCAAAGGAGCGUCCCAGGAAGAAGUCAGCUCCAGAGACCUUGACCCUGCCGGACCCAGGCCGCAGGGAUUCAGUAUUCAAACUGCCCAGCUUUUUCUCCUGGAACUCCAGUCCGCAGCCAGAAUGA